AUGGACAUGAACGUGAAUAUGAAGGGAGUACGGCUAGGGGUCGCGCUGAGGCUGCCUCACAGCGGUUGUCUGAGACUGCCCCAGGUGGAAGUUAACGGCCAGGAGACCAAUGGCCGCAGAUUCCGUGUCGAGAAUGGCGAUUCCCUCGGAGAAAAGGAAGAGAUAUUCGGAUCACCGAGCACACCAGUCUUGGAGAACCCGGAGUAUCAGACUCGGUGGUACUUCAAAUAUUUCCUCGGUAAACUUCACCAGAACUACGUGGGAGUGGACAGCGAUAAGGUGCCGUUCUUUUUGUCCGUGGUGCUGACAGAUGCCAACAAUCAGUGUGUUCCUCAGUACCGCGCCAUCCUAUGGAGGAAAACGGGAGCGCAGAAAAUUUCUAUAUCAUAUUCUCCAAACAAGCCAAUGACUGUGAAACAGAUAUUAAGUAAUUUUCCAAACAUGGAAAAACUAGAAAGGGGACCAAAAGAAAUCUUUACUCCAGACAUUCAGAAGGAUCUCCUUCUACUAGAAGAACAAGAAGGAUCUGUAAAUUUUAAAUUUGGCGUUCUCUACACAAGACCUGCUCAAGUUAGUGACGAUGAAAUGUUUAGUAAUGAAAUCGGCAGUGAGGAAUUCGACAGGUUUACAAGUUUACUGGGGGAGAAGGUUCGAUUAAAGGGAUGGGACAAAUACAGAGGUGGACUUGACGUUAAAGGUGAUAUGACGGGGAGGCACUCGGUGUACACAAUAUACGAAGGACAUGAGAUCAUGUUUCACGUCUCAACUCUUCUCCCGUAUUCGAAAGAUAAUCGUCAACAGGUGGAGCGCAAGCGACACAUAGGAAAUGACAUCGUGAACAUUGUGUACGUUGAUGGAGGACCUUCUCAAAUGUCUCACUUCAACCCAUCAUUCAUCAAGUCUCAGUUUACUCAUGUGUUUGCUGUGGUGAGUUACUCACCAGAAGACCACAGCUACAGGCUCAACGUGUUCUCGGAGGAGUCAGUACCACUGUUCGGGCCGUCCCUCCCGUGUCCCCCGGUCUUCAAAGUUUCUGAAGAGUUUAGAGAGUUUCUAAUAGUUAAACUGAUAAAUGGCGAAAAGGCUGCUUUCAAUACUCCUACGUUUGCUCAGAAGCGCGAACGCACUUUAGACAUGCUCAUCAAGGACCUGUGCUCUGAACACAUGGGCGAUACGAGUAAAAGCGUCAGUCAUAUGCCCAUGUUGAACCGGAGGACUUUCAGCGACGUGCUGGCGGACCCGCCAAGGGGCUCGCGGCGGAGAGAGGAAGCUCGACAGGUAGAGUUCGUGAGGAUCGGCCAGGCACUGAAGUUGGACACUAUUGUAAAGGGUGAUGCUCCCACCAGUCUGGCCACUACCGGACUGUUCAAGCGCGCUCCCUGGGAGCCGCAGUGCUUCUACCCAGACUUCAACCAUGAGAUCAGCUGUGGCGACUCCUGGGGCGAUUCCAAGCUCAUAGUUGCCACAGACCUCGGAGUCUAUCUAGUGGAGGAUGGAGCAUCUCACAAGCAGAUAUUUGACAAGAGCAUUUCCGUGAAGCAGCUAAGCGUUGUGGAGGCUCACGGCAUAUUGCUCUUCCGAGCUGACAAAGGGCGAGACAGCAAGAUGCACGUGUUCCGUCUCUCAGACUUUGAAGGAGAUAUGGAGGCAGGAACUCGAGGGAGGGCAGACUUGAAGGAACAUCGCUUAGAGAAGACUAAAGGAUGUACAAUGUAUGCCAUCAGCAGACCUGGGGGCUCUCACCUGAGGAUGGUUGUAAGCCUGGGCCGCAAGUUAUUGCUGAUGCAGUGGCGCCACUCUGCAGCAUGGACCGCUUGGUGUCCUGCAAGUGACACAGACACAGUCGAAGGCUUCCAGUAUCUUCGGGAGUUUCAAGUGAGUGAGCAGCCCACACUGAUGACCCUAGUGGACUCAUCCCUAGCAGGCACAGGAACAGGGGACAAUAUGAUCUGUGUCGGUUAUCGCAACCAGUACGAUGUGGUCAACGAACGCUUAGGUGACUGUACUCAUCUCUUCACAGUCCAGGAUUCCACCAAGGGCCACCUGGUCGCUGCCAUCGAUCUGUAUGAGGACGAGGAACCUGAACUCCUUUUGUGUUACAACAAUACUUGUCACUUCCAGAAACUCGCUGUGACUUCUCCAAGUAGCACAGAGUUUGACUUUCACUGGAACUCUAUUCCUUCGCGUAUUGUGUGUGCCUUCCCCUACAUUCUUGCCUUCACAUCAGAUUCAAUGGAAAUUCGACUAAUUAUCAAUGGAAACCUUGUGCAACACACAACCAUGCCUAGGCUCACCCUUAUUUGUUCUAAGAAUGACAUCUUCUUUGCUACUACAGCUCCUGAGUUUUUCCAGACCAGAGCAGAACGCCUGCAUGUGGACCAUAGGAUUGACAGAGACCCCAGUAUUUCACCUCCCUCAUCACCACAUUUGUCGCCAGAGUCUCGGCCCUUCCGUCUAUACCGAAUCUCACUGACAGCGCUGAGUGGUUUGAUCGCACCAUGUGACCGUCGCUGCCCCACCCCCUCACCUGAACCCUCCGUGGGCACCCCUGACAGUGCUGCAGAGAAACCCAAACCCUACCUGCUGACUGCAGAGCCUGCUAGAGGCCUGAGCCGCAGUUGCUCCUCCUCCCCCACUCCACAGCCCUCCACCAACUGACUUCCACACUCUCUCUACCGCACGUCUUUCUUCCAUGGUUGUGUCGUCACACGUACAAACUUGUACUAUCAAUUACUAAGUGUUCAUCUGUCAGUUCUACAAGUUGUAGCUACUUGAACUCGUGUAAAUAUGAUUAUGUAUAAGCCUUGAUAAACCACUGUUAGCUAAACGGUAUCACAUUUUGUUACACACUUUAUAAAUGUAAAAUAACUAUAUUUUCAAGUAAAAUUCUUCUUACUUGCUACAUUAAUCAAGAGAAUUAUUUUAGCUUUUCUCCUUUGUAAAAACAUAAAUAAAAACUUCUAGUAUUACAUCAUUAUUAAUCUAAUAUAGUUUAUAUUUGGAAUAUUUUACACCUAUCAAACACUAAUUUAUUCCUCAUUCUUUAUUUAAUAUGAAUAAAAUCUUUGUAAAAUAUGUAUUUUCAAUAACAAUAUAAAGUAGAAAAUAACUGUGGUUUGAUACAUGAUAUUGUAAAGACUAAAAAUGGUACCCCAUUAUAAGACGUAAUAUUAUUGUGAAACAGCAGUUAAUUUAAUUUGAAUACAAAGUUAUAAAAGUUCUGUAAAAUUAUAUGGAGUUGAACAAAUUAACAUUAAACCUCACAAUUGAGGCACUAUAAUCUGGUUUGUCCUACUAUGUGAUAUGGUAAAAAAAUAAAAAAAUCCUUUUCCUUUCCAUCACUUUAAUGAAAUUCUAAAUACUUAUGUUAAUUAAGAUAAGAUCACCCCAAUUUAUAUUGAAGAUAAGAAAAAUCACUAAUAUUCCAGAGAUCUUCCUACUGAGCAGGAUAGAAUAAGAAUUCAUUCAAUGUAUGCCACAAAGGUAUUGAUGAGUUGAUAUCCAUAAGCUUAUAACAACAGUAUUGUUAGUAUUGAAUUCUACACCAGUAGUUUAAAAGUCUUAAAUUGAAUAUUACUUGUUUGUACGUAUAUUACAUUUAAAGAUAAAAUAAACAGGAUGUAGGUCUAAUCAUUUCCACUUUUAUAAUUAUAUAAGUAUGGAAAUACAAAACAUUUGAUAAAAUAAUAUAACAAUAUAACCUUUAUUAAAUCCAUACAUACCUAGGAACUAACAUGAAUGUGGUAACAUUUUUGAAUUAUAUUACCAAGAAAUCAGAGAUGAAGUUAGUGCUAUUAGUGGGCACAUAUAAACUAUAAUGAAAUUAUACAAUAAUAUUGUUUAUAUAUAGGAACAUAUUUUCUGAGAGAGAAAGCAUUUGCUACUGUGGCCAUAGUCCACAACACUAAAACUUUAUAAAAAUGUUUUCACGCACAAGAUUGUAUGUCCUAUUUAAUUUUCCCAAAAUCUUUCAAAAUUAAAUUAAUUAUGUAAAUAUGUAGUUUCCAAACUAUAAUCCAGCAGUUAGAUAUACCGUUACUGUAACUACCACAAAUUAAUGAGUAUUUUGAAGGAAUGAUCAAGUUUUUUACUUUUGCUCCAUAUUAAUAAACCGUCCAUAAUAUCUUUGUUACUGUAUUUUGCAGUUUAUGGUCUAAAAUAUUAUUAGUGUGGAGUAACAGAUAGUCGGAGAAGAAAAAGCUUAGAAAUUUAAUAAAUUGAGGACAGGUAAAUGAAUAUUGUUAAGGGUAGUUAAUAGACUAAGAUAAUUAAUAGUAAACAGUUUAUACAUUUUAUUAGAAUAGAAAACAUCAAACGUGCCAAACGAUUAAUUAAUAAUGUGUAAUGAUAAAUUCUAAAUGAAAGCUUUUACUUUAAUUAGAUAUUUUUAUGAUUCUUACUAGGCUAUAUAUUUCAAACAUGAAUCCAGGACUGUGUUAUUUCUGAUUAAAAGUCAAUUUUAAUAUUCUGAUUUUUUACAGCAUACAUGUAACAAACAGUACAACUUGAUCCCAUAACCAAAGAUAGAUGAGUAUCUAAACAAACUUGAAUUAACUAAAAAGUAAGACUGUAAGUGAAAGUAAAACAGGGAGCAAUGGUGUACAUUAUCUGAUUCAUCAAUUAACAAGACAGACCGUAUCUUUAAUCAACUUUAAGUCAGGCCACAGCUGUAUCUAUUACUGAAAGUCAGUACAAGCCGAAUCUUCAAUUGUUGAACCUCAUUUUCAUCACCAUUUAGUAAAUCUAUGUUUGGGAAGUAAAAAUAAUCAGGUAAUCAAACCAAUAGUACUAUAAAGAAAAUUACAGUUUAUUUCAAAUUAAUUGUCUACAAUAUUAAAAUUAUGAAUAGACAUUAUUCAUACCCAUUUAAGUAUUGCUGUCGAUUUUUGGUUGUGUUAAAUCUUUUACAAUUUCAAUUCAAAUUUCAGAUACUUUCUCUUAAGAGAGGAAGACUCAUUUUUGUAGGCAUAAUAAAAAAUUUGUAUAUCUAUUUUCAGCUGUAUUUCUUUAGUCUGUUUACUAAAUUACCCAAAAAGACCACUUUAAAUUGUUAUAAUUACUUGUGUAGUAACCACACAAAUGUUUUCAAUUUUUCAUGUUCAUGGAAGGUAUUUUACAAAGAUGACUACUCUUCACUCAUUAAGAACUGUCUUCGAUUGUUAUCGUUAAAUAAGAUUGUGGUUUGGUUAUAGUGUUAUCUCUGGUCACAUUUUAUUAGCACCAAAUGACUCUACUCUUCAGUCAUUGUCGUAUAGACUAUGUUCUAGUUCAGGUUAAGAACAAUGUCUUUGGUGUUAUUGUCAAGGAAGAUUGUGAGAGUGUUGCCCAAUAUCUUCAGUUUGCACAAUUUAUUUUAGUCCUGUAUAUGUACUGUAUUCACACUGUUUUGUUACACUCUAUUUUGUCUACUACGUAGUCUGAUUUUCAACCAUGGGGCUUCACAUAUUUACGUAUUGGUUGUUAUUAUUGACCGCUAUUUGAUUACUUUUGGUGAUUAGUUUCUAAUGGCAAUACUCGGAUCAUAAAUUUCAUAGUAGAGUAGUUAUUGUUUGUAAUGAAAGUGCCCAUUACGCAACCCACCUUAACUUUCUAGUCCUGUCAUGUUUCCUUUUCAGUUGGAAAACAUGCUUCUCUGCACAAACAAAAAAAUUAGUGCAGCAAAAUUGACUUUUACUGACAGAAAUAAUUUAUCCAAAUAAUGUACUGUCUUCUAAUGUUAAUAAUAAUUUAUAUUUUUAAUACAAUUAACCAAUUAGUUAGAGAUAAACCAAAGAUUUAUUAUUAACCAAGUGGGAUCAUACUGUACAGUUCACUAUAUUUCAAACAGCACAUGCAAGGAUUUCAUUAAAACUUUGAAAAAAGUUAACAUGUAAAUAUACCUUUAAGUUGUAAUCACUAAGUAUAGAAAAAAUUUCAAAACCAAUGUAUACAAAAAAUAUUGCAGUAGUUACUUGAAUUGCUUUGUUAUUACAUUUAUUGCUUAUUUUAUUGUAGUUAUUAUUAAAACUUGAAUUAAAUUUGCUAUGGCAUGAAACAAAUCCAACCUUUAAUUUUUUUAUAGUUUUAGUUUCUUAGAUUUUAAGCACAAUGUAUGUUGAACUUGAGCAACUUUAAUGGCCUAUCUUUGUAAUAUAAUUGGAAACUAAUGAAUUACAUAUUUUUAUCUACUUCUACAUAACUGUAUAUUAUUGGUGUUACUGUGUAAUUUUGCAAUCUUCAUUACGUCUCAAAUGAAUAUUUAUUGUUAUUGUACACAUAUGUUUGCUGGUUAAAGCUUUAAUGUUGUCUAUUAAUAUUUCUAUAAGUCUGUUUCAAAUAUUGUCCAUAGACUACUAAAUGUAUUGCUAUAUCAAUGUUGAGUUGUUGUUUUGCUUCAGAGUAUAAAGAUAAAGGGUGGACAUUCAAGAACUUACUUGCUUUGCAAUAAUAAACUGUAAUUUAUUAUAAGCAAGUGAGUUGUGUCAGUGUGUGCUAUUUUAUAACGAUAGUACUUUCGUAUUUUAAGAUAUAAGUUUUUCUACUUUCAGUUACCAGUAUCAGUGAUAUGUUUUAUCUAUUUAUAGUAUUACAAGUAUUAACUAGUUAGUCAAAUACAGUGUGCUACAAUAUGGGUGAGAAGUUUUACCGAAUAAACAUGCAAUCUAACUACAAGGUGCUGCUUUGUGUUUUGUAUAAGAUAAAUUUAAACAGAUAACUUUUUUAUAUCAAACAUAAGGAAAAUAGUACUUAAUGGAUAUAAUCUUAAAGGUCACAAUCAUGUAAAUAUAAUACAAAAUAGCAUACAUUUUCUCCACAAGUAUGCAGAAUUUAAAAAACAAUUUGCUUGUGCUAUUAGAGAAAAAAAACAAACUUUCACAAUAUAAUUCUUCAAAAAUGUCAAAAAUCACUUUAUUUUGAAAACGUUUGUAAUUAUUUCUUGAAUUGUCUAAACAAGGAAUAAAAUUCUCUAUUUUUUUAGUUAACAUGUUUUCUUAUGCAUUAUGUAUUAGUUAUUAUUAUUAAUAUUAAUACUAUUCAGAGAAAUACAAGAUAAAACUGAUGAUGCCAUGUGGAGUGAAAUAUACAAUAACACUACUAAGGAAAUGGAAAUUUUAUCCUAGAUAAUAUACUCGUAUAUUAUGCAUAGAGAAAGAAAACUAUAGGACAGUAUGUGACAUUUUCUAGACUUCAGCGGAAUAAGUAAAUUUCAUUGAAUACAAGUUGGCCAACACGUUAUGACAAGAAAUAGUAGUGGUUUAAACCAUUUAAGUAUUGUAAUAACUUGCGUUGUCUUAGAUUACACUGCACGUCUUCCCUAUAUAUUGGCUGAGUGUCAGUGAAGCUUGGCAGGCAAAAUGCAAUUAUUGCUGUCUGCUGCCUUCAGAGCUGUAAAUUUACUCAGUUUUAAUCCUUAAAAAAUUAAAGAAUCUCAAAAACUAACCAUAAUGAAUUACAUAUGCAACUGUUAAUGGCUUAACUCUAGAAGUGGCAACCAUUGAAUUUCUCAAUGGUCAAUUGAGUGUUUUUAUGUUGGGGUUAUAGUUUUAAUGUAACAGAUUUUCGAAAUCAUGUCUUUAUGUGGAUAAUUACAAACAAACAAAAGUUUUAAUAGUCAGAAAACCAACAAAUCUUAUUUUAUAAUAUGUAUGUAUGACCUAAAACUUAAUUUAGUAAUAUUAUUUAUAUCAAACAAGCCUAUAUAACCUGUAAUAUGGUUUGAUUACCUUUGUAAUCAUCGGUCACCAGUCAUCAUGACAAAGCUGUUAUAAAAGCUCCAUUUUGUAGAUUGUUGAAUCACCCGAUACACAGACAACAUAUGUACAUACAUACUGUAAUUCUUGAUUUCAAAUCUUGGGUUAUACUGUUAAACAAACACUGCAUAAGCACCAUUACAGUUAGAGUGUGAAAAAUUUGAAAAUAUACAUCUAGAAAAUAUUCAAGAAACUCGUCAAAGUUUCAAUCCAACAUCAAGGAUUAAAUUAAAGAUAAAUACACUAGAUGUAAUCAAUUUUAAAAACUUUUAUUUAAUUAUAUGAUUAACUAAGUAUGGAAGAAGAUGUGAUAACUAAGUUAGCUAUUUCUUCUAUUUCUAUGGAUAAGGGCCCUAUUAAAAGAAUUUCCUCGUUUACCAUAAAACUUGUCAAACAAGGUGAUAAAUUAAAAUAUUAUAAAGAAAUUAAUUUUAUUGAGUAACUUGUCACAAAGCAAUGUUAAUGGUUAUUCAUUCAUGAAGUUUAAACUAAUACUAUUGUGAAAAAUACACUAAUGACAUAAUAGACUUCUCACUCUUAUACUUACUCAAUAAACGUUGCUAAGAAAUUGUGUUAGAUGUAAGUUGAGUUCAGUAUUUUAAUAAAAACAUGUUGAAAACAAAACAGUGAAUUAAUUUAAAUAAAUCAAACAUUAAAAUA